AUGGCUCCGCCCUUCCGCGUCACUUGGGCUCGAAUAACUGACAGAACAAUGCUAUACAAUAGCCUCGAGCGGGUCCAGCCGUGGUUAGAUGACUGGCUGCGCGUUGUCGAAGCUUAUUCUGGCAAAUCUCUCAGCAAGCCGGAAGAUCGACUUCCCGCGAUUGCCGGUGUGGCGGCGCACUUUCAGCAAAACAUACGCCGGCCCGACCAGUUUCUCAGCAGCUAUGUAGCUGGAAUGUGGUUUUGUGAUCUUAAGAGAGGGCUUUCAUGGAAGCCGUCCUUCGACCUUGGUACACCUAGACCAGCGAAAGACAAAGGCUGGCCUCCGCCCCUCAGGAAUUCUGCGACAUUCAACGCUAUUCCGGAAACACAAUCUGAGCCCCUAUCCGUGUGGCUUCCGUCCUGGUCAUGGAUAUCAGUUGAUGAUCGUGUGCGGUACCCUUACGCCAGAGGUUCCUCCGCAAGGCCAACUGUGAUUGGAAUGGGCGGCAUGGAAUAUCUCAAUCCGAAAUCUCAGAAUUUCGACGAUAUAUCGGUUCCUGACACGCCUCUUGAACCAUUCUUCGGCCGCACCUCGCUCAAGACUGACUUCGAAUUUGGGGAGCUCGAAUGGGGGGUUAUUGGCCUCACAAACUACGCUGUUGAGACUGUGGUAUCCGAAAAACAUCUCAUCAAAGAUUCGAUUAUUGUGACUGGAAUUCCCAAGUGCUAUUCGAUAUUCAAACAAAGCACCAACCCGUUCAAAAUCACCAGGCGGUCAGAGCCAUCGGCCGGCGGCGUCAUCGUCAUGGAUACGAGCCCAGCUCAGCUUCCAAAAACAAAGUUGUAUUGCUUGAGACUCGGCAACUCCAAGAGUCUGUUCAACAACGAAAACUUGGUUGAAAUUGGUCUAGUCCUAUUGGAGACGCCCUACAAGUCCAUGACUGGACUUAGUUCACGCUGGCAUUCGAGAUCUGGUCCGGUGGUACAAAGAGUUGGCUUUUUUGAGAUUGGCAUGUGGGACAAGCAAUGGGUUAGAAACGCUCGGCAAAGAAACUUCUAUAUCAUAUAG